ACAUGCGGUCGUUUAUAUUCUUGGCUGUUAUUACUGCAGCUGUAUUCCAAUGUAACUGUUCAAGUAUUUCCAAAAGGCAAUAUUUUGCAAACUUGGAUGAUGGAAAUUUACAAAAGCUUGAUAUUGAAGUUAGACGGGAAAUUCUUAUAAUGAUCGUAGAACAAAUCAACAAAACAGCAGUACAACAAAAGCAGUUGUCCAAGUCUUGUGAAGUGAAAAUCAACGGUUCUAUCGACAGCUGUAAGGCUUGUAAUCAAGAUUUGUGUGUCCCACAGCCACCCCCUGUUUAUGAAGCUAUUUUGGUGGCUGUUGGAACAGAGGCCCUCAAACCAGUUCUUGCUGCAGGAGAAUUUGUAAAAUCUAUUGGAUCACAAUUGUCAUCCACUACCAAAUUUCUUGGAGGCGAAGCAGGCGAAUUUGUCAAAGACCUUGGAAGCGUUUCUAAAAAUAUUGGCAAUGGUUUGAGAGAUGGCGUAACAAAAACUUUGGAUACGAUAGGUGCUGGAUUUGAAAGUCUUGGAAAGAAAUUCGCAGAUCUCGGCAACAGCUUGGCAUCUGGCACUACUGAUCUGGUAAACGGUCUAGGAAGUGGCACAACAGACCUUUUGAAUGGGCUUGGGUCAGAAUUUACAGGUCUGUCUAGCCAACUAGGAGGAGGAUUAGACUCGAUAGGUGGUUCCCUUACGGAUCUUGGUAACAAACUCGUGGAUGGAGUCAAGAAUGUAGGACACUCGAUAGGAAAUACACUCGGUCAUAUAUUCGGUAAACGUUGUGUACAGUCAUGCCCAGUGUGUGAUAAACUUGAUAUCAAGAAACACACAAAAGAAGAAGUUUUACAAUCAGUUUGUGGAGCAAAUACAAUUUCCAGUCAAAAGAAUGCUAUUGAAACCAUUGCAUAUCUAAGAUCUCUAUACAACACUACCCUCACAAACCAUAUCGUAUCUAAGGUUGAGUAUGACCCAACUUCAAUUAAAACAGUUGGUGGUGUCUCCUUUACAAAUAAUUUUGUAACAUACACCCUCUAUGGACAAACCGUCCGUUUACACUCUAGCACAGAUUUGAAAAUUACAGAUAUAACUGCAACAGCAAAGAGCGUUGCUCAUCAAAUUUUGAAGAAAUAAAAAUUCAGAUUC